CGACGAAUUCCCCCGUGUUAUUGCUCACAAAUCAUCCUCAUUAUCAUCCACGAUGGCCACGACUCACAACUUCGUUGGUGACAAGCUCAUCGAUGAGCUCCCGCAGGAGAGCAAGCAGAAGUUGAACGACGACAAGUUGACGGAGACCGAGGCCCAGCGGGUGCAGGGCUCGACGCAGGAGCCUGGCGCCAACAAGCGGGCUGGUGUUGCAACGAGGGAUCCCGCAGAAUUCGACACUAAGGGUCGAGGAGCACACGGCGACACUAAGCCGGUCCAGGAUCCCGUGCUAUAGAUGACUGUAUCUCUGUGAUUGGAUUGCUCUCCAGAGAUCAUUGGUCGAUCGGGGGUUUGUCAGCAGAUGUAUCACGCAAAGCACAAUGUAUCAUUAUACGCCAUACGCACCGAAUUAAUAUUGCAUAAUACCCCGUCG